CCAUUCGUCCUGCUUCCCCUCGAAUUCCCCUCCUCCGGCGUCCUCGCUCCCUCGGCCUCGCUAACGGCCGGCCGCCGAAUUCGAAUUCACACCCGCACUCCAUCCCCAGACUCCAUUCGAAUCUUCACCGCGUCGACUCCUCCUCCCCCCGCCCCCCAACCCAACCCGACGCUCCAUCUCCGUCCACCUCUCUCUCUCUCUCUCCUGCCGGCUGCCGAACACCAUGGCAUCCGGAGAAGGUGACACGUGGUCGGAGAUCGUGGCCAGCGGCGGGCUCCGGCCGCCCCACAUCGCCGUCGUGUACGGGCGCCGCCAGGUCGAGCAGUCGUCCGGCCGGAGGAACAUGGAUGUGACGGGCAGCUUCGGCGGCCAGCAGCGGCCGAGCUUCGUGCCGAGGAAGAGGACCAGCUGGAACCGGUCGCUUUCCAUCAGAGGAAGAGAGAGUAUUUUUGUUGCUCCUGGUGCAAAUCUUCAAAACCAACAAAAGCCCUGCAGAGCACAAAAACGACCACCCAAACCGUGCAACCAAGUGAAGAAAACUCCAAGUGGCCCUCCGGACUUGAGGAAGGAGAAGACAUAUUUUGAAGAAGUUGAUGCAUUUGAGCUCAUGGAAGAAAGUCCUUCUCCCAAGGCCUCAUGGACCAGAGGAAUGGAGCAGAAUCCCAUCAAUCAUGAUCUGCCUGCAAUAUUGGAGAGGUGGAAAAUUUCCAAUAUUGCACGACGCGUAUUAUCUGAGCCCAUGUUUGUCACCAUGGACUUGGAGACGCCGAUCAUAAAGAGUAGUACAAAAGAAACCAACAUUAUUUCAUCAUUCGAUAAGCUGAACAUUAAGGAGGAGGCUGUUGAAACCAGCAUUCCAUGGAGUGGUGAAGCUCUGACUGCUUUUGAGCAGCUCCUCAUGGUUUGCAGACAGUCUGAACCAGUCACACUCGCAGAAGUUUUCUCCGCUUACUGCGAGCUAGAAAGCAUCAAGAAGUUAGGUGAAGGAACAUACGGAGAGGCCUACAGGGCUGGAACGACUGUUUGCAAAGUUGUUCCUUUUGACGGAGACUUGAUAGUCAAUGGAGAAACCCAGAAGAGGUCAGAAGAAAUACUUGAGGAAGUGUUGCUUUCUCUAACGCUUAAUAAUCUAAGAUCAAACCGGGGUGAUGAGAAAAAGGAUUCGUGCAAUGGCUUCAUUGAAACAAAAGACUUUCGGGUUUGUCGUGGACCAUAUGACCCUUGUCUGAUUAGUGCUUGGGAAGACUAUGAUGCCAAAUGUGGAUCAGAAAAUGAUCAUCCUAAGGACUUUACAAGUGAGCAGUCUUACAUCGUAUUUGUGCUAGCUGAUGGUGGUACUGAUCUAGAAAGCUUUGCUCUGGUUGAUUACAAUGAGGCUCGCAGUUUACUAGUUCAGGUUACUGCUUCCUUAGCAGUAGCUGAAAGUGCUUGUGAAUUUGAACAUAGAGAUUUGCACUGGGGUAACAUUCUUUUGGCUCAAGAUGAAAAUUCAGACACAAAUCAUACAAUGAGCUUUGCUCUUCAAGGGAAGAGGAUGCUUGCAAGAACUUUUGGUCUGAAUGUCUCCAUAAUUGACUUCACUCUUUCACGGAUGAACACAGGGACUGUCAUUCUCUUUCUGGACCUGUCUGCGGAUCCUGCAUUAUUUCAAGGGAAAAGAGGAGAUAAGCAGGCAGAAACAUAUCGAAGGAUGAGAGAUAUUACCCAGGAACACUGGGAGGGCAGCUUCCCAAAGACCAACGUGGUGUGGUUAAUUUACCUUGUAGAUAUGGUGCUGCAUAAGACGAAAUCACUUGCGCUUGGUGCCAAAGUGGACCGGGAGCUUCGCUCGCUCAAAAAACGUCUGGCAUCGUGCGAGUCCGCUAGAGAUUGUCUCGCCGAUCCCUUCUUCAGUGAUAUACUAUUGGAGGACGCGCAGCUCUUUCCAAUGCAGCAGCUGGAGUCGGAUCUGUGAACUGGCAGAUUGAAUCUCUGUGGGGGUUCAGGAUUUUAGGGUUUAAACUUUUCGCCAUGUGCAACCACUAAUUCACCUGACGUGCGUGUGAUCCAGAAGAACAGAACGGAUUGAACGCAGGUUCGUCAGCCCCGGGCAUGCAAGAGAGCUUGCAGUUGGCUGUUGCCCAGGCGCUUUUUGUAACUUGAGUGUGCAUAAUUUAUCACGUUGGCGGUCCUGACCGUGGCCAGAUUCGGGUGUUUCUGGAGCAUGUUCA